GGGGAGCGGGACUGCGGGGCCCCCUGCGAGCCAUCCCGGCCCAACGGGCUAAUGUACUUCAAGGAGGCAGAGGUGCGAUUUGCCCGGCUGUGGGUGGGCGUGUGGUCCGUGCUGUGCUGCGCCUCCACCCUCUUCACGGUGCUCACCUACUUGGUGGACAUGCGCCGUUUCAGCUACCCGGAGCGGCCCAUCAUAUUCCUCUCGGGCUGCUACUUCAUGGUGGCAGUGGCCUACGCGGCAGGUUUCUUGCUGGAGGAGCGGGUGGUGUGUCUGGAGCGCUUCUCUGAGGAUGGCUACCGCACUGUGGCCCAAGGCACCAAGAAAGAAGGCUGCACCAUCCUCUUCAUGAUCCUCUACUUCUUCGGCAUGGCCAGCUCAAUUUGGUGGGUCAUCUUGUCCCUCACCUGGUUCCUGGCUGCUGGCAUGAAGUGGGGCCAUGAGGCCAUCGAGGCCAACUCCCAGUAUUUCCACCUGGCUGCCUGGGCUGUGCCUGCUGUCAAAACAAUCACCAUCUUGGCCAUGGGGCAGGUGGAUGGGGAUGUACUCAGUGGGGUGUGUUACGUAGGUAUCUACAGCGUGGACUCGCUGCGAGGCUUUGUGCUGGCGCCCUUGUUUGUGUACCUCUUCAUUGGCACUUCCUUCUUGCUUGCUGGCUUUGUGUCCUUGUUUCGCAUCCGCACCAUCAUGAAGCACGAUGGCACCAAGACUGAGAAACUGGAGAAGCUGAUGGUGCGCAUCGGUGUCUUCAGUGUCCUCUACACGGUGCCUGCCACCAUUGUCUUGGCGUGUUACUUCUAUGAGCAGGCCUUCCGUGGCACCUGGGAGAAGACGUGGCUCCUCCAGACCUGCAAAACCUACGCUGUGCCCUGUCCCAGUCACUUCGCCCCUAUGAGCCCGGACUUCACUGUCUUCAUGAUCAAGUAUCUCAUGACCAUGAUUGUUGGUAUCACAACUGGCUUCUGGAUCUGGUCUGGCAAAACCCUUCAGUCCUGGCGACGCUUCUACCACAGACUUAGCACCGGCAGCAAAGGCGAGACAGCAGUAUGAGA